AUGGCGGCGGUACGCCGGCUGCUGCUGUGGUCGUGGCUAUGGCUUCGGGCCAUUGCAGAGGAGGAGGACGCUUCCUUGCUCUCCUUCAAGAGGGAGCGUGCCCAAAGCGGCAGGUUCCGGUCAGGCGCGUUGACCUACGAGUGGGUCGAGACAGGGCCAGGAUAUUGCCGAGACAUCUAUGGGGAGAAUCCGUGGCAGUAUAGCGUCUCGUGCGUCGGCAAGACUAAAUGCAAGAAUCAAUGCACUGCCCUGAACUGCGUUGGCUACGCUUGGUCAAAGACACCCGAGCUGGACUAUGAUGGCUGCCAGACGCAAAAGAAGGCAAGAUGCGUUAUGUACACGGGCCUGGGAGAGGUUUCGCUUUUCGCAUCCCCACCUACGAUCUACACCUGCUACGCCCGGAGGCCGCAAGCCACAGGUGUUCCAGCGUGUCCUGCGGGCUCUGCCUACCAUCACACCGGCUUCUGGCUCGGUGGUGAGGUCGUGUCCGAGUCCGAUAUUUCCUCUUGCCUGGCAGCCUGCUCUGGGAGUGCGACGUGCUACGCCUUUGCCUGGGUUGAAUUGAGCACGUGUGUCCUCUACACUUCGGUGGGUACAGCCAUCAGCGACCUCAGUUCUGUCGCAUGCAUCAAGCCCGUCCAGGGCGACCAGCCAUGUUUCGACAACUUUUGGCAAGACACGUCGGGAGCGACUUGCAGAGACUACGAAGUCAAAGCUUACUGCACCCCGUACGGCCGCUACGGGACAGGCUGGGCCCGGGACCGUUCCUACGACACCUUCCGCACAUUUGCCUGGAACGGGCUUUCAGCUGCGGGUGCUUGCUGUGCUUGUGGUGGCGGAUCAACUGCCAAGCCUUGCGCCGACUACACCACAAAGGAGAGCUGCCCUUUGCGAUGCCAAUGGCAGGUUCUGAGCGCUGCCAGCGGUGUCUGCGUCUACGCUGAGGUACUCUUACAGCAGAAGGGCAAGUCUUGCGAUCCAGACGUUCCAAGUCACAUGCAGGGCCGCGUGUAUGACAUCGCUGGCUGCCAGCACACCACUCAAGGGCAACAACCUCCAGUCAACUUGUACGUCUGCGAUUAUAGUGACAACUGUGGCAUUUGCCGCGAGGGAGCUAUCAAGCCCGACACAGCAGGUUGCUCACUGUACAAAUUCGAGCAGCAGACAUGUUCGACAGGCUUUGUGUGUCCGGACGACUACGAGCCGAAUCCCGAAAACGUCAACUCCACCACCUUGACCCGGAGUGAAUGCUGCCAGAAGGAGUGCCUGACAUUUCCUUCCAUCUUGUGCCCCGUUGGAAGAUGCCAGAUCGCGGGAAACAGUUGUCGAAAGCUUUCUGGGAACUAUGUGCAAACAUCUCCGGAUGAAGACUGCUCCCCGGACCGUCCUGUGCCAGAUGAAGAAAGCUGUCAGCUCGGUGCCCUCAGCUUGCGGUAUGGCUUUGGAGGAACUGCCAGUUUUGCACUGCAGCCGAACGGAUGCAUCGUGGUGGAUCGAACUUGCUACUUCAACACCAUGAAUCACUCCAGUCCUGUCUUCAACUCGAACACUUCAAGGGUGUGCCUGGCAACGCCACAAGUGCAGCCGACCCCCGGCUACACUGAGGUGUGUACUGACUGCCGCUGCGAAACCCGGAGGAUCAUCGCACCCGUCGAUGAAUCGGACGCAUGCCGACAGCUGUGCGAUGUAGACAUUGACUGCUUCUUCUUCAACUACGACUACCAAAAUCUUAGCUGCUGGGCUUGCCCAGAAGACUACGGCAACGAGGUGUUCCCAUACACAGGUUGGAUCUACGAAAAGAUUCCUUGUGGGCAGCUGCAAACAGAGGCGGACUGCCCCACGACCCGCUGCGUGUGGAACGGCUUUUCCUGCAGCGACAAGGCGGACUGCGGGGGUGGAAACCCCAACGAACCAUUAGCAAAGCUCCAGUCCAGAGCACAAAUGGAGGCUGCUGGUUGGCAAUUCGACACAGGGCCCAGUUGGGAGUACUUUGACUAUCUGGGAGAAGGUGGCUACAGAGCGUGGAACAAUAACCGAGCUCCGUUCUUCAUCAAGACGCAGCUGCAGGGCACCGGCACCAUGGUCUUGCUGGUCAGAAAUGAUUUUGAUCGAAUCGACAACGGCAAUCGAGUGACUGUUUACAAGAACGAUGCUGUCAUAGCAGUGCUUGGCCCCCUCCUGGAGGUGUUUGUUACCAUCAAUUAUGCUGACGGCGAUGAAGUGAAGAUCUACGAAGAAUUCUCGAUUCUGUGGGUGAAGUCCAUUGUCUUCGAUUGCCAG